GUAUUCUAGUAUUUGUUGUGGGGAAUUUCCGGAAAGAACCUAAAACCCUGCAGCCUAUCUGCUUUAUCUUCUCCCUCCACUUUCCACUGUACCAUACAAUAUACAAUGGCUACCUCCGUCCUCAGAACACCAACAACCACCUUAAGGCCGCCGUCAACCACCGUUAGCGCCACCACUUACUCCUCCGUUAAACCUAAUUGUAUCACUUUCUUAUCAUACUCACGUUGUGGACGGAAACAGACUCCAUUACUCCCCAAACGGUGUCGUAUUCACCACUCCGUUAACCCAAUUGUUCAAUUACCGCACCGAAAGGUUGGGGAAUUUGUUAUCUUUGCUUCAAACGAGGAUGUUGCUGAGGCUGCUGAAACGGAGAUUGAGGAACCGGAGCUGGUACAAGAAUCCGAGCAGGAGGAGAAUUUAGAUGGUGCUGCUGCUGAAGAAGCUCCAGAUGAGGGCGACAAUGCAGCUGCAGAGGAAACUUUGUCAGUUGUUGCAGCUUCAUUGCAGUUGUACAGAGAUGCUUUAGCAAAUAAUGACGAUUCAAAAGCUGCAGAGAUAGAAACUUCCCUCAAGUCCUUAGAAGAUGAGAAAAUUGAACUUCAGGCAAAAGUAGCCUCAUUGACUCAAGAAUUGUCAAGUGAGAGGGACCGGGUUAUUAGAAUUAGUGCUGACUUCGACAACUUCCGUAAGAGAACAGAGAGAGAAAGAGCUUCUCUUGUGACGAAUGCACAAGGGGAAGUUGUUGAGAAACUCUUGUCUGUUUUGGACAAUUUUGAGAGAGCAAAAAUGCAAAUCAAGGUGACAACAGAGGGAGAGGAGAAAAUUAGUAAUAGUUAUCAGAGCAUUUCUAAACAAUUUAUGGAAAUCCUUGGAUCUCUUGGUGUUGAGUCUGUGGAGACAGUUGGGAAGCCAUUCGACCCAUUGCUGCAUGAAGCUAUAAUGCGUGAGGAUUCCUCAGAAUUUGAAGAAGGUGUUGUAAUCGAAGAAUAUCGCAAAGGUUUCAGAAUUGGAGAAAGACUCUUACGUCCUUCAAUGGUGAAGGUGUCGGCUGGCCCAGGGCGGGCAAAACCAGAGACAACUGAACCUAAAGAAGAGGAGCAAAACGAAGUGGAUGAGAAGAGUGAGGAAGAUACUGCUGAAACACCAGGUGAUGAAGGGACAGGUGAGGAAGGUAACUAACUACCAGGUCAUGUGACAAGUGAGGGAUGUAAUCCGUGAUUUCGCUUUUGUACAAGCAAACAGAAGAACACGUUUCCGCAUCGAUUGAGGUUGGGCUAGGUUUUUGUUGGUAUACCUUUUAAUUACUGUUUGUUUGAGAGGACAUCAUUUAGGUCAGUUGGCUUAUGAGUGCUGUCUUAAACAUUAUUUUUUAGGCUUCGGAUAGUGAGGAUCCAUAUAGCUGACACCAACUAUCUUGAGAUCGAGGCAUAUUUGUUGUAACAUUCUGGAAACAAGUAAGGCUGAAUGUCAUGUGCAAAUGUGACUUGAAUUUGAACUUUA